CAGUACUUUCUAGAAUUUCUCGGCAGGGUAACGUUAGCUUCUCUAGCUCAGUUUUUGGUCUAUUCAGUGGAGGCAAAAACGACGGCGCUUUGAAAUCAAGCUUACUUCAUUAUUUAAGUUCUUUCACCCCGAUUUAUGAUCAUCAGCUCAACUUAGAUUCAUUUGGCCUUCGCUGUUUCGGCGGGUCCUACUAGCCUCCUAAAGCUAAACGCUACCUGCCUUGAGAUUUUUCUAUCAUGUCCAGAAUAGACUACAGCGUGUGGAACCACAUUGAGGUGUCGGACGACGAAGAUGACACCCACCCAAACAUCGACACACCGAGCCUCUUCAGGUGGAGACACCAGGCCCGUGUGGAGCGAAUGGAAGAAUUCCAGCAAAAGACAAAAGACCUCAGCAAGGGACUCACCGAGUGCCGUCGCAAAGUGUCGGAAGUCCAAAAGAAAAUCCAGGAGCUGAGCCUGUCGGUGACGGACGAAAGCAAGGCCGACCUGAGCAAAGCGCAAACGGAGGAGAAGAAACUGAUGAAGGAGCAGCGCGACUGGGAGAGGAAGCUGGAAGAUCACUCCCGGGAAGAGAAAAAGAUGCCAUGGAACGUGGACACCCUCAGCAAAGAAGGCUUCAGCAAGAGUGUCGUGAACAUCAAGCCCGAAGUGCUGGAGGAGUCCGAAGAGGACAAAGAGAAGAAGCAUAAGACCUUUGUCGAAAAAUAUGAGAAGCAGAUCAAACACUUUGGCAUGCUGCGGCGCUGGGAUGACAGCCAGAAGUAUUUGUCUGACAACCCUCAUCUAGUGUGCGAGGAGACGGCCAACUACCUGGUCAUUAUGUGCAUUGACCUUGAAGUGGAGGAGAAACACGCGUUGUUGGAUCAAGUGGCUCAUCAGACCAUCGUCAUGCAGUUCAUUCUGGAGUUGGCAAAAACCCUCAAAGUGGACCCCCGAGGAUGCUAUCGUCAGUUUUUUGCCAAAAUCAAGACGUCAGAUCAGCAGUAUCGCGAUGCGUUCAAUGACGAGAUGGAGUCUUUCAAGGAGCGCGUGCGCGGUCGGGCCAAGAUCCGGAUCGAGAAGGCCAUGAAGGAGUACGAGGAAGAGGAGCGACAGAAGCGCUUAGGACCGGGGGGGCUCGAUCCUGUUGAUGUGUAUGAGACGCUACCAGAGGAGAUGCAAAAAUGCUUUGACGACAAGAACAUCCAAAUGUUGCAAGAUGUUAUUAGCAAGAUGGAUCCAACGGAGGCUAAGUUGCACAUGAAGCGCUGCAUCGACUCUGGACUUUGGGUGCCCAACUCCAAGCCGGAUGAAGGCGACAAGAACGACGAAGACGCCACCUACGAGGAUGCUAAAGAGGAGACCGAAGAAGCCAAAAAGGACUGACCAUCAGGGAGCACGUUUGCCAUUUGACUUCAUUAACCCCCGCUGCAAACUCAUGGCCAACUCCAUUAGGUGUGCGACUAGUUUGCCUCGUGGGUAAAACAUUGAGCUAGAUACACAUAGCGAGCUUACCAGUAAAGGAUUUGGCUGCCCUGCAACUCCUCUAUUCUUGAUGAAUUUUGGUUGGGGAAAUAAUCACAGCAUGUCUAUUGUGUUCUUUUUCUUUGAUAUAAUACUUGGACACCAAAAUUAUUCUGUACACUUGAGUAUUAUUGUUUUCUCUCAUUUCCCCUUCAAACACGUGUGUUUGUUUUUAGAUGUUGAGCCCGGUUGUACCACCAAUUUUCUAUAAACUUGUUCAAAGUGGACCCAACUUCUUGAGGUUCUUGUUGAAUAAAGCAAACGGAUUUUUUAUCUCCCAA